AUGGCCUCCUCCGUGAAUAAAAACGCGAUGUUCAAAUUAAACACGAGUUUACCUAUUCAAAAACGCAACAUAUGGACAGAGAACUUGAGAGAGUUACAGACGCUAUUAAUGCAGCAGAUGACAUUCAGACAGAACUAUAACGAUAAAGUUCUUCACAUUACCAUUCUCAAGAUCAAGUCAGUGAUGUUAAUAAAUAAAAAGUCUGCAAAAGAAAAAGGUAGUACAAGUGACAAAACUUUCGAUUUGAAGAAACUGACUGAAACUAUAAAAAUUAAUAUAAACAUCUUACUCCACACGGCGAGGAUCCUCUCACGAGUACCCACCUCCACCACUCCACUAUCACCAUUCACCACCACCACCACCACCACCACCACCUCCACCACCAUCUCCACCACCGUCACAAUCAUUCGUCCACCACCGUCGUCACCACUUCCACCAUCUCUUCUACCUCCACCGCCGUCACCAGCACCACCACCACCGCCUCCACCUCGGAGAUUCAGAGCAAGAAAUUUUAAUCUGAAAGACGAAGAUCGGAGCGGACGUCCAUCCACCACUGAUACUGACCUCAUCAAGGCCUACCUCGAUGAAAACCCAAGGUCUAGUGUUCGUGAGAUAGCAGAUGCUUUAAACAAUCCGUGGACAACGAUUCAUGAGCAUUUAUCAAAGCUUGAGUGCGUUAAUCGCUACGAAGUGUGGGUCCCCCAUCAACUGACGGAGAGAACGGUGUCUAGACUAGAAACGUGUGUGGACUGGAAAUCUGUAGGAUACGCAAUCGUGUGGCUUUUAACAGUGGCAACGCUUCGAUGUCAGGCAACGAAUCACGAGCACGGAGAAGGCGAUGGAAACGCGGAAGACUCGGUGUUGGACGAGACAACCGAGGAUUAUUGGGCCGGAAGUGGAUCUGGUCCCGAGGAUGACGACUCGCUUCACAAUGAAACCAGGGAAGCGUUAACGCAUGAGGCCAGCGAUCACGAUGCUGUUGUGUACGUUGGAGAAGGAGCAGCGUAUGUGCCAAUACCAUCGCUAAAAGGAAGACCCUUGAGCCCGAAUCUUCAAGCUCUUCAGACCCUUCAGGGUCUACAAGGAAUACCUGGAGGUGGAGGAACUGGAGUGGUUGGGGAUGAGGACUGGAAAAGGCAUCCGGAGACCUGGGAUCGGGAACACAGGAGAUACAGACCUAAUACUACUCGAGUUCAACAUAUCGAGGCGGAGUGUCAGGACGACUACAUGAAAAUCCGGAUCGGUUUCAACGGUUCCUUCACCGGGUUGCUCUACUCAGCGGGCUACUCCUAUGACCCGGACUGCAUGUACGUGAACGGAACUGGCCGCGACUACUACGAGUUCUAUAUUCAGCUGAAUCGUUGCGGCACCCUCGGCGAGAACACUCAUCAUCAGGACAGCCGAAAAAAUCCUACGAAAAACUUGAUGUGGAACACGGUCACAGUGCAGUACAACCCGCUGAUCGAAGAGGAGUUCGACGAACACUUCAAAGUGACUUGCGAAUACGGUUAUGACUUCUGGAAAACCGUCACCUUUCCAUUCCUCGACGUCGAAGUUGCGACGGGGAAUCCUGUUGUGUUCACCCUGCAGCCACCAGAGUGCUACAUGGAAAUCAGAUACGGUUACGGGACCACUGGAACUAGAGUGGCUGGACCAGUCCGUGUCGGCGAUCCUCUGACUCUCAUUAUCUAUAUGCGCAGCAAAUACGAUGGUUUCGACAUCGUCGUGAACGACUGUUACGCCCACAACGGUGGAAAUAAAAGGAUUCAGCUGAUUGAUCAAUACGGGUGCCCAGUGGAUGAUAAAUUGAUCAGUAGAUUUCGCGGAUCCUGGUCAGAGAGUGGUCUCUUCGAGACUCAAGUUUUCGCCUACAUGAAGACGUUCAGGUUCACUGGUUCACCUGCUCUAUACAUCGAGUGCGACGUCAGAAUGUGUCACGGAAGAUGUCCAAGUCAACCGUGUCAUUGGAGGAACGCCAAGAAUGUGGCUAAACGUUCUUUGCCAGAAAUUGGUGGCCCGUCGACGCCAGCGACGAGUUUGUCAGAGAACGUCAAUCUGUUCCAAUCGUUGCGUGUUCUACAGGAAGGCGAGGCAGAUACGGAAUUCUUCCAGAAUUCCACUACAGCUUUCCGAAGUGGACCUAGUGAAUCCACGAACGACAGAGUGUGCCUUAGAUCAACUGUUCUUAGUACGAUCAUAGGAAUCGGUUGUGGCUUCCUUUGUUUAAUGGCAGGGACGAUAUUAGCGAUGUGUUCGAGAAUUCGAAGACAGGCUAGGGAAAAACUUCUAUCUGAUAGCAUAAGUUACAUGACCCACAAGGGUAGGAUCAACUAAACGCGGCCUCUUUGGACGUACAAGCGAAGUUCUUCUCUUUUCCUUCUUCUUCGUGGCAACUCCAUCGGUACAAGCGUAUCGAGAGAUUCACCGAGGAAACAUUCUCCGUCGGUAAUAAGGCGAGGACGAUCAUCGCGUUUGUAAGAAGCGACGCGAUCGGUAAUAAAGCUAAACAUAAGCUCGAUCGAUAAAAAAGGUAUUUUCAAUCGACGGUCGAGAAUACAAAUUGCGAGAUACAAGCAAUACAAAUGUAGCUAAAAAUUGUAUAUUUCGGUAAAGCGUGAGAUA